CAGCUACGGAGUAGUUUGUUUGAAAUAGGCUGCGUAUGUGUACCUGGGUAGGUGGCGGCUAUCCAUGGUACACAGGCGCCCGUGACGCGCGCUCGAUAAGGCCUUGAUAAGCUAAAAUACCCACGCCCCACCCAAAUUUUCCACCCACGCAGGAGCCUGCAGCAGUAACGCGUGCCUUUAUACUUCGCUCGCCAUUGAUCAACUCAGCUUUAUGAUCGCGCACAUCUAGACAACGUGUACCGAUUGCGGCACCAUUCACGGUAGCUUCUACAUCGCAACGCAUAAGCGACUAAACAGGCCCUGGGAGCGGGGACUCUCAAGAGAGCGAUCACCUCUCGGGCGGCGAGAACUAUGGCGAGCCUCAAGAGGUCAACGGGCUCGGACCCGCUGGCUUCGAGCAUCUCCAACAAGGUCUACGUCCGGUCGACCAGGAGUGGCAAGGUCCAAAAAAUUGUAAGAGAGGUCUAUCUAAGGCAGGACAUCCCUUGCUCGUCCAAGCUGUGCUUGUCAUGCCUCCAGUCGGCACCCAGAGAUGCCUCUGGGAAUAUGAGCCCCUUUGUUCUCUCCGAGAAGCCGGCGGGAACGAAGGAGUUUCCACAGGGCCACUACCUCGUGCCCGACACCAAUGCUUUCUUAACGGCCAUGGAUCUUUUUGAGCAAAGUGAUUCCUUUUGCGACGUUGUGGUCCUGCAGAUUGUUCUGGAGGAGGUGCGGAAUCGCUCGCUGCCGCUCUACAACCGCCUGAUCGCCCUGACCAAGAGCGACGAGAAGCGCUUCUACGUGUUCUUCAACGAGUUUCGCAUCGAGACUCAUGUCUCCCGCAACCCGGGCGAGUCGGUCAACGACCGCAACGACCGUGCGGUCCGACGUGCUGCUGCCUGGUACCGCGACCAUCUUGCCGCCACAACGGUCAGGUCCAACAAGCUACCGCCCGCCGUCGUGCUCCUCAGCGACGACAGAGGCAACCUGAGGCAGGCGAGAGAGGAGGACAUCCCGGCAUACUCGCUGGCACAGUAUGUCUCUGGCCUUAAAGAUGGUGACAGGCUUAUGGACUUGGUCCCAGAAGCACAGGAUGAGGAAAUUGUGCGACAGAAGUCGUCCGAGCAUCUCUACCCGGAAUACUAUACAAUGUCUAGGAUGAUGACGGGUGUAAAGAGCGGCUUGCUGCAUCAGGGCAUCUUCAACGUGUCGCCAUACAACUACCUGGAAGGGACCAUCCGCGUUCCCGCCUUCACCAGGCCGCUGUUGGUACUGGGACGCGAGAACAUCAACCGGGCGGUGGACGGCGAUGUGGUGGUGGUCGAAGUGCUGCCCAAGGAUCAGUGGAAGGUGCCGUCGACCCGUAUCAUCGAGGAAGACGCCGUGACGAGGAACGAGAACGCUGGAGGCGACGAGGAGGAGGGUGGUGGGCAACGGGGCGAUAUGGUCUCGGAGAAGGAGCGGAAAGCGCUACAGGAGGAGGUGAAGCGGAUGCAGGCAAAGGGCGCCGAGGCGCAGGCACAGCCCACGGCCAAGGUUGUCGGAGUCAUCAAGCGCAACUGGCGUCAGUAUGUCGGCCACAUUGACCAGACCUCGGUCAGCCAGUCGGCAACGCAGGGCAGAAAGCAGGAGACCGUCUUCCUCAUCCCGAUGGAUAAGAAGGUGCCCAAGAUCCGGCUGCGGACCAGGCAGGUGGGCGAGCUUCUCGGCAAGAGGAUCCUAGUCACCAUUGACGCCUGGGAUCGGGAUUCGCGCCACCCCGUCGGCCACUUUGUGCGCUCGCUGGGCGAGCUCGAGACCAAGGCGGCCGAGACGGAAGCGCUCCUGCUCGAGUACGAUGUGCAAUACCGGCCCUUCCCCAAGACGGUCCUUGACUGUUUACCCAAGGAGGGCCACGACUGGCGGGUUCCCGCCAGCACCGAAGAUCCCGGCUGGAGGGACCGGGAGGAUCUCCGGCCGCUGCUCAUCUGCAGCAUCGACCCGAUUGGCUGCCAGGACAUCGACGACGCCCUCCACGCCAGGACGCUGCCCAACGGCAACUUCGAGGUCGGGGUGCACAUUGCCGACGUGUCUCACUUUGUCAAGCCCAACAACGCCAUGGACACCGAGGCUAGCAUCCGCGGCACGACCGUGUAUCUGGUCGACAAGCGCAUCGACAUGCUGCCGAUGCUGCUCGGCACGGACCUCUGCUCGCUCAAGCCCUAUGUCGAGCGGUACGCCUUCUCGGUGCUGUGGGAGAUGACUGCCGAGGCCGAGGUGGUGGGCGUGCGCUUCACCAAGUCGGUCAUCAAGUCGCGCGAGGCCUUCAGCUACGAACAGGCGCAGAUCCGGAUCGACGACGCGUCACAGACGGACGAGUUGACCGAGGGCAUCCGCACGCUGUUGCGGCUGUCAAAGAAGCUGAAGCAGAAACGCAUGGAUGCCGGCGCACUCAGCCUCUCGUCGCCCGAGGUCAAGGUCCAGAUGGAAUCGGAGACGUCGGACCCCAUAGACAUCAAGACCAAGGUGCACCUGGACACCAUGUCUCUCGUCGAGGAGUUCAUGCUGCUCGCCAACAUCAGCGUCGCGGGCAAGAUAUACGAGGCGUCGCCGCAAACGGCCAUCCUGCGGCGGCACGGGGCGCCGCCGAAGACCAACUUUGACGAGCUGGCCAACCAACUGCGCGUCAAGAAGGGCUUUGAGCUGCGCGCGGACUCAUCGCGCGCUCUGGCCGACAGCCUGGACGCGUGCGUCGAGCCAGCAGAUCCCUUCUUCAACACGCUGGUCCGCAUCAUGGCGACGCGCUGCAUGAUGUCGGCCGAGUACUUUUGCUCGGGCACCCAGGCCUACCCCGAGUUCCGCCACUACGGCCUCGCGUCCGAGAUCUAUACGCACUUCACAUCGCCCAUCCGCCGCUACGCCGACCUGGUGGCGCACCGCCAGCUCGCCGCCGCCAUCGGCUACGAGGCCGUCGCGCCCAGCGUCCGCAGCCGCGGCAGGCUCGAGGCCGUGUGUCGCAACAUCAACGUGCGCCACCGCAACGCCCAGCUGGCGGGCCGCGCCAGCGUCGCCUACUACGUGGGCCAGGCCCUGCGCGGCAAGGUGGCCGAGGAGGACGGGUUCGUCAUGAAGGUCUUCAGCAACGGCUUCGUCGUCUUCGUGCCCCGCUUCGGCAUCGAGGGCCUGAUCCGCCUCCGCGACCUGGCCGAGCCCGAGCCCGAGGCCGAGUACGACGCCGAGACGUACGCCCUGCGCACCUCGGGCUCCCGCGCCGUCGCCGUCGAGCUCUUCCAGAAGGUCAAGGUCCGGAUCACGGACCAGAAGGAGGAGACGACCGGCAAGCGUGGUGUGAAGAUGGAGUUGAUAUAGGGAGCCGAACGAGACGGAAUGGAACUGCCGGCACCGGACAGAUGGGGUCCCACUGUUUCAAGAACACACUCGCUGUUUCGCUUUGGAAGCGGCAUUUUGUGCGAUUUUGCUAGUGGCUCGGCGCGAAUAAUACCCCAGGAUAAGAAAAAGAGCAUGAGGAGACCAGGUGGAGGGAUCAAGCAGUUUUUGCAUCGAGAUGUGCUAUGUAUUGAGAUGCAUGAAACAAUAGAAUCGGCCAUGUCGCCCGCCCUCUCUCCUCCG